CAAGCCUUCACUGUAGUAGGACUGGUGAAAACGGUAGCCGGAUGGGGUGCAGUGGUGCUACAGUUCAUCUGGGAUGCUUCAUCGUCUUAUAUAUAUAUUAACACCAGCCGCUGUUUAAAUUAACACAAUGAACGCGUUAGCAAUAGUUUUUGCCAAUUGUAAAUAGUUCGUAAUUAUAGCGUUAAAUGCCAACCCAUUGUGAAUCAUUGUAAUCUGUUACGCUCUUGGGAUCACCUCCAGACAUCAGUGUCUUCAUUACCAUUGAUUUAUCGAAAUGAAAGUGACGGUGGAUUUUGAAGAAUGUCUCAAAGAUUCGCCUCGGUUCCGGGCCACAGUAGAAGAGGUGGAGGGAGACGUUGGAGGGCUGGAGCCAAAACUUGACAAGCUGGUAAAGUUGUGUAUAGGGAUGAUAGAUGCUGGACGAGUGUAUAACCAGGCCAAUAAACAGUUUGUGAAUGGAAUCAGAGAAUUGGCACUCCAGUCCACCAGAGAUGAGGUCAUCGGGUCCAGUUUAGCUGCAUUUGCAGAGACUCUUCAGGAAAUGAACAACUAUCACACAAUAUUGUUUGAUCAAGCCCAGCGGUCCAUAAAGUCUCAACUUCAGGCUUUUAUAAAGGAAGAUUUAAAGAAGUUUAAAGAUGCUAAGAAGCAGUUUGAUAAGGUGAGCGAGGAGAAGGAAGUAGCUCUGGUGAAGAACGCUCAGGUGCCUCGUAACAAACAGCACGAGGUGGAGGAGGCCACCAACAUCCUGACCACCACACGCAAGUGUUUCCGUCACAUCGCCCUGGAUUAUGUGCUGCAGAUAAAUGUCCUUCAGUCUAAAAGAAGACUGGAAAUCCUCAAAUCGAUGUUGUCCUAUAUGAACUCCAACCUGACAUUUUUUCAUCAAGGAUAUGAUUUGUUUUCUCAACUUCAGCCAUUAAUGAAGCAGCUCGGUGCCCAGUUGGAUCAGCUGGUGGUGGAUUCAGCAAGGGAAAAGCGGGACAUGGAGCAGAAACACUCAACUAUCCAACAAAAGGCUGCUUUGCAGGACUUCUCCAAUGAUGACACAAAACUAGAGUAUAAUGUGGAUACAGAUAAUGGAAUUGCUAUGGAGGGAUAUCUCUUUAAAAGAGCAAGCAACGCCUUUAAAUCCUGGAACAGGCGCUGGUUCUCCAUUCAGAACAGUCAGCUGGUUUAUCAGAAGAGAUUUAGGGAUAACCCCACUGUAGUGGUGGAGGAUCUGAGACUCUGCACUGUGAAACACUGUGAGGAUUUGGAGCGCCGCUUCUGUUUUGAAGUUGUGUCCCCUUCCAAGAGCUGGAUGAUGCAGGCUGACUCGGAGAAGCUGCGGCAGGCGUGGAUCAAAGCCGUUCAGAACAGCAUCGCUACGGCUUACAGAGAGAACGGAGAGGAAGAUGCUGUCAGUUUGGACAGGCAGUCAUCUGCGUCUCUGGGCAGUCUGGACUCAGGCUGCGAGUCGGUAAAGCCAGUUAAGGUUGAAAGUGCUCUCCAGAGGGUGCAGGCCAUCCCUGGAAAUGAGUUCUGUUGCGAUUGUGGACAAUCUGAUCCACGCUGGGCCAGCAUCAACCUCGGCAUCACGCUGUGUAUCGAGUGCUCAGGCAUUCACAGGAGUUUAGGCGUUCACAAUUCAAAGGUGCGAUCUCUCACGCUGGAUUCGUGGGAGCCUGAGUUACUUAAGUUAAUGUGUGAGCUGGGCAAUAGUGUCAUUAAUCACAUAUAUGAAGCUCGAAGAGAGGAGAUGGGUGGCAAGAAGCCUCAGCCUGGAGAUCCCAGACAGGAAAUUGAAGCCUUCAUCCGAGCUAAGUAUGUAGAAAAGAGGUUUGUCCUGAAACCCACGGCUCAGCAGCAAAAGGAAAAGAUCAUGGCGUUGAGGAAACAAGACAAGCGUGUGAAGGGAAACAUAGAGUUUCUGCCCCCGCGGCCGCCCCCUCCGACACCCAAACUCCGUACCACCUCGAACACUUCAGCUUCCCUUAGUGGUCAGGAGGUGCGGCGCGACUCGCUGUUCUGCCCUGAUGAGCUUGAUUCUCUCUUCUCCUACUUUGACACGUCCUCAAAGCUGCGGAGCCUGAGGAGUGCAGACAGUGGUAUUCAGAACAGUGCAGAUGGGAGCAGAGAGAUGUUGGCCUCCACCUCAUCCAGCAACAGCCUGAGUGAAGCAGAGCCCCAGGAGUCUGAUUCGCCCAUGUCUGUAAAUCAGACAGACUCUCCUUCUGUGUUCUCUGAGAUGACUGAUUUCUCGGCGGGACCUCUGCUGUAUUGGGCGUCCUGCGCCUGCAGUUUGACAGACAUGGUGGAGGCGUUGGCUCACGGAGCCGAUGUCAACUGGGUCAACGGUGAAGACAACAAUCUGACUCCACUCAUACAAGCCGUACAGGGGGGUUCACUGAUCCCAUGUGAGUUCCUGCUUCAAAACGCUGCCAAUGUGGACCAGCAGGAUAUUCGUGGCAGAGGACCACUGCAUCACGCCACCAUACUUGGUCACACGGGUCAAGUUUGUCUGUUUCUGAAGCGAGGGGCUAAGCAGAACACUGUGGACGUUGAUGGCCGAAGUCCGCUGUCCAUCGCGGUAGAGGCGGCAAAUGCAGACAUUGUCACUCUGUUACGUCUGGCAAAGAUGAAUGAGGAGAUGAGAGGUACAGAGGUACCGUCAGGUCAAUACUCUCAUUCCCAGGGUCACACCGAGCAACAGUAUAAAAAAUGUAUUCAAGAAUUUAUAACUUUAGAACUACAGGAGUAGUAAAGCAGAAAACACCAUCAGCAUUAGAUCAAAAUCUCAGAUCACGUAUGCUGUAAUGCAUUUACACUGGACGUCGCGGCAUAGAAAUCUUACUGUUGUAUAUUUAACAAACAAACAUCACCCAUUAGUUGUUUUUUUACACAGCAUCAGCAUCUAAGUGAUGUCACUGGCCAGCAGUCACCAGACAGCACAAAUACUUUUCUCUUUUUACAAAUAUACAUAGUUUUUGUACAUUUUCUGAUUCAAAAUUGAUCACACUGGUGCUUGUUUUAGACCUAAUGAAUAUCUGGUCUAUUGUAUUUCUAAAAUCAAAUGAAGUACUAGUUAGAAAUCACUUAUUUUAACAUCAAGAUGGUGCUUGUUUGUUCCUGAGCUGGUUUAAACGUUUUGUCUGGCAUCAGUAUUUUUGAAUCUAUUACUUUAGGAUUAUCAUACAUGUCAAUCGCUCAGAGUAACUGUAACCUUUGAUGUAAAUUUUAAAUUCAAUCUUGUUACUCAUCUUUAUAUCACUGACCAUGUUUACAUGCUCAUGCUUAAGGAAGAACAGCAAAAGCUGAGGAGCUCAGAUGUAAAAGUCGCUAAAUGUCAAAAAUUUGAUAAUGAAAUUAACCAAAUGUUCUGGGUGCGUGUUACGUUUAUCAAAUACUUUUGCUUCAAAUACACUUAAUCCCAGACUAAGGCUAUUCAGAAAUACUGCUUUGUUGGCAGAAUCCACUAAAUGCAACUUUAAAUUUCCAGCAAAGUCCACUAGGGGCCCAAAAGAUUAAUUGGAUGGACGACAGCAUGCAAAACGAGCGUGGAUCACAUUCAAACUUGGUUGCUUGUCAGUACUUAAAGGAAAACACCACAGUUUUUCAAUAUUUUACUAUGUUCUUACCUCAACUUAGACAAAUGAAUACAUACCUGUCUUUUUUCAAUGUGUGCACUUAAUCUUUGUACAGCGCGUCGUGUAUGUGUUAGCAUUUAGCCUAGCCCCAUUCAUUCCUAUGGCUCCAAAGAGGGAUGAAUUUAGAAGCCACAAACACUUCCACGGUUUCCCUAUUUAAAGACUGUUACAUGAGUAGUUACACGAGUAAGUAUGGUGGCACAAAAUAAAACUUUUGUUUGGAGCCAUAGGAAUGAAUGGGGCUAGGCUAAAUGCUAACACAUUCAAGAAACGCUGUACAAAGAUUAAAAGUGCACGCAUUGAAAAAAGAUAGGUAUGUAUUAAUUCAUCUAAAUUGAGGUAAGAACAUAGUAAAAUAUUGAAAACACGGUGGUGUUUUCCUUUAAACAUGAAUACAAACCAAAUGUGAUAGUCACAUAUAUCACAGCGCCCCCUAAUGUGUGGUUCAGUUUCUUUUAUUUACAUUCUGGCUUUCAUCAUUUCCAAUGUUUUUAAGGGGCUGUUUACACUUGGUAUUAAGAUGUGUUUUCAUCGAUCGGAUCACAAGUGGACGAGAGAGACACAUUAUGUUUACACCUGGUAUAUAAAUCGGUCUCUUUUGUCCACUUUUGACCGCUUCUGUGCUGAAUACUGUGAGGGGGUGGUCUGUGAGACGGUGGGCGAGUCUCUCCGCUGUCAUUUAAAUGCGAGCGGAAGUAAUUAUGAGUUUAUAUGGAUGCAAACUGCACAGAGUUUUGCACGUGUGUAUGUAAGAGCUUUCUCUGAAUUUUCAGCGCAAUUGAUGAAAUAGGAUCGUGCAACUUUCACACGCUUUCAAAACGAAACUACAGAUAUCAGCCGCUUUAGUUUUAUCAAUGAAAGGCUAAAAAUAGCGCUGUUCACCGCAUGUUCAAGCCAGAAGUCAAAAAAGACGUAAAACAGUGUGUUCAGUAUCUCAAGAUUAGAUAAAUGGGCGGAGAGAAGGCGGUCGUGUGUGGCUGUUCGAACACAUUCAACCAUUUGUGCGUUCCGUAACUCCAAAGCGAUCCGAUCGAAAGUGGUUUCAACUACCUCUGGAUGUGGUUGAAAGUGGUCGAAAGUGGACGAGCUCAAAACGUUUUAAACACCGUUUACACCUGGCAUUAACGUCAUCCACUUGUGAUCCGAUCGACGAAAACGCAUGUUAAAGUGUAAACAGCCUCUGUACUAGUUGCAUCUUUAGUGUUUUGCAGAUGUUUACUAUGUCUUGUCCAAAGAAAUAUAGCAAAUAUAGACGGUUUCAGCUGUAACAACAUAAACAAGCGGCUGUCGUGGUCCGCACGUAACUUCCGGUAAACUCUGCUAAGAAUAAAUAACAACAAAGUUCUUUAAACGUAGUUUAUUUAUAUAACAAGCAAAAUAAACAACACCUAGGAAACCAAAACAUUUGUUAUUUUCGACGAGGCAUUUGUUCAAGAGAUACUAGUCAGACCAUAAAAAAACGAAACCGGAAGUAAAGUUCGGAUCCAGACGUGUAUCGCAUCAGCUCACGUGCAUCCGAUGAAAUGCAGAAAUAUAGCAAAAUAAAGGCAGGAUAUGGAUCUUAAUCUGAGAAAUAAUGUGUUUGUAAAUGUGGUCAUUGAUACAUACAAUGCUCUGGUUGAACGACACUGUUUGGCAUUUAUGUGCAGGGACACACCUAAAUGUAUAAUUCAUUGAAAAACAAAUGGCUUUGGAUUCAUUUAGCAAGGUGGCCUUUGAGCAUACGCGAUAAUACUUAUUGGGUUAAAUGUAAGUGUGUCUUAUGAAUGCCAGUUUUGGUGACCAAUUUUGAACUUGAGUUGGAAUUGCUUUCAUCUACCUCAAGCCAAACACAUUAAAGACAUUUUUAAUGAAAUUCAUGAUGAGACAAACACUUUGAUCACCAGUUCAGAGAAUUUCAAUCCAAAUUUUGUGCAAAGGUCUUUUGAGAAGCAGAUUUGAUGUCUGUCCUCAGUCAUUGAUUUAUUAUCAUAACUUGUAAGCAUGUGCUUGUGAAUUGAUAUGUGUCGUUCAUAGAUAUGACAGCAACCUCUGGCCAGGUGCUAAUUUUAAAUAAUGCUUUUUACUUAUAAUUGUAUAAGCUAUAAUACUGUAUGUAAACACUACAACAUCAUGGGUCAUCAUAUAACCUAAUGUAAACUCAUUGUACGAAGCACAUUUUGAGUUACCGGACCAGUUAAACGAAAACCAGCAUACUUAUGUGGAAUUUGUUGGACCAAUUAUGGAUUUUGCCCACUGUUAAAAUGGUUUUAUAUGUUUUUCUGAGCUAACCAAUCCCAAGCUAUAAGAAUUUGCUAUAGACAAACAUUUUGAAUUUUAGCUUAUAAUCACAGUGUCAACAUGUUGGUAUAGUAAUGUGUUUAUGUUGCUUUAGAAUGUCUUGUAUAAUGCAGUCUAUGAUCGGUGGGAAAUUUGUGCUGAGCAUUUUCUUGCGCACACGAGGACGCUUUUAUCCAAAGCCACUUUUUCAGAGCAUUGCAAGGUAUACAUUUUUUGAUCAGCAUGUGUUUGAAUCCAAGACAUUUUGCAAUGCUGUACCUGUACCACUGAGCUAUACAGAAGCAACAAUACUGUUUUACAUACUUAAAAUAAUAGUAUGCAGUAUGUAUAUAUUGCUUAGUAGAUAUCAAGUAGUAGCAAUACACUGUAUUCACUGCAUAUGUAACACUGUGGCUGUAUGUAAAAGCAUCUGUAUUUUACUUUCUAUUCAUCUGUUUUGUGCAAUGUUGCUUUAAUCGUAGAGUACAGUACAUACACCGAGUGUUGACGUGUCUGUAUGGAAACAUGUAAAGUGAAAUAUAGGCAGGCUGCAUUCCUCUUGAUUUCUUGUUUCUAAACUAAAAGUAGUUUAGGAAAAUCUGGAGUGCCGUUGUUCUGCUUAAAUGAAGAAGUUGAAUGAUACUGUCUGGAAUGGAAACUCAUAAACUGCUUGGAGAAAAGGGCUCAAUGAAUGAUUGGAGUCUGUGAAUUCCUGGUGCGAUGAUUGUCUGUAUUGAACUAGAUGAGACAAACCGUAGUAGAGACUUGAUCACAGUAUUUGAAUGUUAGAUGAUCCAUAGUAUGUGAGAAACAUGUGGAUGUACAGUAUGAUGUUGUAUCUUUACUGUACUAACAGCAGGGUGACCUUAUGCACACUGUAAAAAGAUCUUUGCUGCCUUAAAUUCUUUUGUUUAAUCAACUCAUUUUGAUUAAUUGACAAAUAACUUUAAUUUAUCUUAACUAGAGAUGAGUUUUAUAACUUAUAAAAAAUAGUUGAAAUAAGUUAAUAAAUUGUAGCAACUUAUGAAGGCAGCAAAGACUAUUUACAGUGCAUGACACGGCUGUUUCUCUCCUAUACACCUUCACUCCAGAGAUUGUGCCUUUUCUGUUCUUUCAUUUUAAUUUUCAAUUUGCACUUUAAAUAAUAAAUCUUCUGGUUGUUGGCAA